AGCCACCCAGCUCCGCUGACUCCACCUCAGUCCCACCGGGACGCAGAGGAAGCGGCCAAACCCAGGAGAGGGGCUACAGCCUCACCCCACCCCGGCGCAGGCCCCAGGGACACCAGCUACGCGCGAGGCACCGCUUACCGACCUCCCUUCUCACCCACAGCGAGUCCCGACGGCCGAGGAACCGCGUCCUGAGGACCAAGCCCCGGCUGAGGCGGUGAUCAGCAGCCCACCGAAGGGAGAUGGAGGUGCAGAGGUGAGGCCUGCCCGGAGCACAGGGGCACCUGCUAUCAACACAGCCACCAGCCAGAGCCCGCCCAGGAGAAGCCAGAGCCUGGGGGCCUGUACUGCCACCCGGAGAAGGGGAGCAGAGGGACAGUGACCAAGCAGGGCUCAAGUCCUGUCCCUGAUGGUUUGGGAUCCUCCCCUGACAUGGCUGUCCUUUGCAAGUUGAUACUUGGAUAAGAUUCUAGUUGUCAGCAUGAAAGGGAAAACUGCACAGUGUGAUUGGAAAUCUGUACCCCGAAAGAAGCCCUCUCCCUGCGACCGAUAUAAACACGCUUGCAGUGUUUGUAGAGGAUUUGUUUAUCUCUAUGGAGGGCGGAACACCGCCAGUCUUAGGGAUUUUUGGCGAUACAACAUAGUGAAAAAUGAAUGGGAAAUGCUGGAUUGCUCAAGAGAUGGUCCAGAAGAACUGGACGACCAUUCAAUGGUGGCUUAUAAGGGCAACCUGUAUAUUUUUGGUGGGAUGGUGGAUUCUGCUUUCACACAAGCAAAAACUCCUCUCUGGAUAUAUGACAUUGAUUCUGCAAGAUGGACAGAGUGCUGUAACGUACCAGCAGAGACUGAGAGCUCGACACCAACUAACAGAAAAGGUCACAGUGCGGUAGUGUACCACUCCAGCAUGUACAUCUAUGGAGGGUACUUCGGCAUCAGAGGCAUUUCACAGGAGUUUUGGACUUUCCAUUUUGAUACAAGAAAAUGGUUGUGUGUUUCCACCCCAUCUCACAGUACUGGCCCAGGACCUCGGCAUGGCCAUUCAGCAGUGGUUUAUCAUACAGGCAUGUACCUCUUCGGAGGACUGAUGGGGCUGAGUGAACAGAAAGACUUAUGGAAGUGGGACUUUGUAAGCAGCAGCUGGUCCAACAUCAGAACAAGCCAAGGACCUCCUCCAGUGGUAGGUCAUGCUUCAAUAGUCUUCAAAGACUCCAUGCUGAUUUUUGGUGGAGGGAUUUCAAAUUCCAGUCCUAACGAUGACCUCUGGAAGUAUCAUUUCCAUACACAGACAUGGAAGAAGCUUAGUAUUAUUACCAAGGCAAACUUCUCUCCUAAAAUAUAUCACUGCAUCUUAGGAAUUGGUGUGGGUUUCCAAACUGCUUCAGAUUUCACUAAUACGUUCCCCAGCCAUUGGAAGAGUAAGGAGAAGGACCAUCACCAGCUGGUGACCAUCCCAAAGCACACUCGCCUUUGCAGCUACUUCCGUCAGCAGCCCGCGUACCAAGUGUUUGGCAAUGAGGAAAGUGAUGCAAUUGAAAUGAAAACCUUUAGCUUGCCUCUGGGGCUGGGGGGCUUUUGUGCAUUGCAAACCACUUCGGAGGCAGAAUUAGACCCUAACAGAGCAACGAGCAUUUUAUCAAAGGAUGGGUCUCUGCGUCUGCUUGUCUCUUCAGAAAAAGAGACUUUUGCUGCUGCUCAGAUGGUUGGAGAAGAGGAGGGAGCCGGCUGUCAGCCAGUGCCUGCAGUGGAUACCAAUGUGCUGCUGCUCGUUGGGGGUAAACCUUUGUCCAGCUUAUCUGAGAUCUCAGUCAGGCAAAUGGAGUUUGACAGCUUGUGAUCUCUUCGAUUGCAACCACCACCACCGUGCCAGUAGGUGGCAAACCAACUGCUUGCAACUGUCUUCAGUUUCCUAUUGGCACACUGGGGAAAAAGUAAUAAAACCUUCUCGUACCCGCUCUAAACAGAUUUUUACAAUGUGAACAAACCCUAACACAUAUUUAAGUCAGUACUUGCAUAUAAGUUGCAAUUUCUGAGAGGAGAAUUUUGGAAUGCUGCUUUUUUUGUUACUUUUCUUCUUGUCAGUUAAUAUCCUUUCAAAUUGUAGUGGCUGAUGAUGCCUUGAAAAUUGGAACAAAUAACCCCUACAGUUCCAUAACUGCUAUUUCAGGCCCAAAGCUUGCUCAUUUUGCACUGGCAUAAGAAAUAAAUAUGCACUUUCAAACCUGCAUUUGAAUAAAGUUUGUGCAUGUUUUGGUCACAUUGGAGGGAUCUGAUGAAUCUUAACAGCAACAUGACAUGGCCUAGACAAAUUAGCAAGUGAAACCUAGAAGAUACUCAAGGAUUGCAUUUAACCCUGAGGAAGUGAAACCACGUGUUCCCCCUCAACAUCAGUUGCAGCGUUAGAGCAGAGGAAGCGCAUUAUGCCUGGAAGAACAAAACAUUUGUCAAAUGAAUGGUAGGUUUAAUGCCUGAGCACAGGAUCAAAA